GACAAUAAUGAAUGUGCGGGCAUUGAUGACAACAAACCAUUCUAUCUUUGAUUUUUCUUACUUUCUUUCAUAAACAUUUGAGGUCGAUGCUCUUGGUUCCUUCCAAAGGAUGCUACCUAUCAUGAAAUCACUGGUUUUCUUUCUAAUAUUCAUUGCUAUUGCUCAGGUAUGUGGACAAAUUCCGGUAGAUUCCCCUACGGACUUUCUAACAACAGGAAAUCAGAUUGACACGACUGUCACCCGGACAGUUGUAGAUAGGCGGAUACCCAGUACCCGAACAGCCGUCGAUAUGCGCGUGCCUCUCACCAGGACGACCGUCAUUACCCAGCAGCUGCCUGUAGAUGUCCCUAUGUCCGCGGGGCAGGGACGCCCCCUCCAGCUUAGUCCUGAUGGUCAAUGUCCAACUUUUCUGUCCCGUUAUGAGGGGGAUAUUCUUGUUAUAAAUCUUGUUCCGGGAACCUGUGAUAUGUUAAUUUUUGUUCAAGACCAGACACAUUUGUUUCCAGCGGCAGCUGACAUUCUCAUGAAUACGGGCGCGGGACGAAUUCGAUUGCCAAUGGUGACUUUCCGGGGAAACAGUUCUACCAACAGUAUAGCGACAGGCUGUCCCAUGAUUCCACUGCGGUAUCUAGGACCUAGAGUAGUUCUGGACACCAUCCCAGGCCGCUGUCAAAUAGUUCUUGGAAUUCGAACAUUUCCCAUUUUAGGACAACUUAAUACUCCAGGCCUUGAUAAUCAGCUACCGUUACCAGGGGAACCGAGAUGGGUGACGAGAGCAGUUUUCGAGAGAACAAGCGGGAUUCUCUGAUGAUUUAAUCUGAAUCAAUAAAAUUCAUCUCUAUAUCAUAGAUGUAAACAUGACGUACUUAUCUUGAUACCCAAUUUCUUUAUGUUAAAAUUGCAGAAUGAAAUAUAUUAAACU